AUGGGUUUGAUGGGCCGCUUCUGGGAAAGCCAUCAGUUUCUAAUGCACCAAUGUUUUUCACUUCCAUUCGCAUUUUUGUUUUUUUUCCUCUCUAAACGGGGAUAUCUGUCCUUGACGUCCAGGUACCUGUUUGUUUCUGCUGGGGGAUGCGUCCUGGCGGUCGUCACCAUGGGCGUCUACAGCUCGCUCCUCUUCGUCUCCGCCCUGGUCUUCGUCUUGCUGGUGGUCUCCGUGGACGCCGGCCGCGUCCACGCCUGGGUGUUUGGGACCCAGAUGCUGUGGCAAACCUCCUGGCAUCUGCUCCUACAGUACAGAGAGUACUACCUGCAGGAGCCCGUCAGCACCAGGCUGUUCUUGGCGGUGUCCUCGCUGAUGCUGCUCACUCAGAGAGUCACCUCGCUGUCCAUGGACCUCCAGGAGAGGCGGGGGGCCCGCGCGCCGCUUCUCCCGCUCGCCGGCUACGUCCUCAACUUCACCGCCCUGCUCGGGGGCCCCUUGUGCCCCUACAGCCGGUUCGUGUCGCUGAUGACGGGGAUCAGCGCCGACCCGCCGCCCGACCCGCCGCGCGCCGUCCUCCUCAAACUGACGCCGGUGUUGCCGAUGGAGCUGGCGAGGUACCUGCUCGCCGGGCUCCUGGACGCGUACGACCCCUCCGGCGCGGCCCCCGCGGGCGGCGCGGCGCGGGUCUUGGCUCUGGCGGCGUGGCUGAGGAUCCAGUACUAUUCUCACUGGAGGUGCAGCGAAUGCCUCAACAACGCCGCCGGGUUGGGCUUCUGGCCGCGCUCGCCGGGGGAGCCGCCCGGCUGGGGCGGGCUGUCCGACGGCGACCUCUGGGCCGUCGAGGCGUCGAGCCGCAUGUCGCAGUUCGCCCGCCGGUGGAACGCCACCACGGCCUCCUGGUUGCGCAGGCUGGUGUACGCCAGGUGCGGGCGCUUCCCGUUGCUGUCGACGUUCGGCUUCUCGCUGUGGUGGCACGGCGGCCACUUGGGCCACUUCGUGGGGAUGCUGACGUGGGCGGCGACGGUGGCCGCGGAUCGCCGCGCGCACGGCCUCCUGCGGCCCAGACUCUCGCCGGCGUGGAGGAAGGCGUACACGUGUUUGAGCUGGAUCAACACGCAGAUGAACGUCGCUUGUAUUGUUACGGCGGUAGAAUUGAGAGACGUGUCUGGUUUGAGACUUUUGUCCACAACGUACAUCGGUCUGGUUCCCCUUUUUAACGUACUUCUGCUCUUUACCUUAUUGAAACGCAACACAGUUUAG